AUGAUUUUGCUAUCACUGACGCUGGGCGUCGUCAACUGUUUUGUGGUGAUCGGUAAUUUGCUGGUUUUCUACGUGAUUCUUACCAAAAAAUCCCUUCAAACAUCAACGAACCACUUGGUUUUGUCACUGACAAUUAGUGAUCUACUUCUUGGAAUCCUUAUUCUUCCAUUUGCUAUUAUUCAGGAACACUCAAAUGAAUGGAUUUUCGGUCACUUUGGAUGCAGACUCUGGCUCUCCGUAGAUGUCUUCCUAUCAACUGCAUCGAUUUAUAAUCUCCUUGCAAUUUCAUUUGACCGAUAUAUGGCUGUCCGUCAGCCAAUCAAAUACCCAAUCAUCUCCUCCACCAAAGUGGUCCGACUAAUGACGUUCCUCGUCUGGUUCUGCUCCCUACUUCUGGCUGUCAUACUCUUCGUGCUCCUCACCCUAAAUGCUCAUGACUCGGAGCCAACGAAAGAUUGUCAACCCACAUCUCUCCCGUCAAUGUAUAUCAUAUUUUCGGCGAUGGCCUCGUUCAUUGUGCCUGCAUUUGUGAUGGUUAUACUGAAUGUCAGAAUAUUUCAAACGGUCCUACAUACGUCGAGGACUAUGACCGUUAAGUCGAAGAAUGGCUCGUUGAGGGUGCACAGGAGGAAGGAACCGAUUAUUCCUGUUAAAAAACACGAUAAAUACGAGACCCGUUUGAGCCACGAAGAAGAAUGCGUGGGCUCUCCAUCAAAAGAAGUCAUCGACCCGAUUCCGGUGGUAGCAGUCGUCGAAAAACAUCACAAAAGCUCGGCAGUGGAUGCACCCGCGAUCCGCUCAUUUCUCACGCACACUGUGGUUUUUGGAGUUUUGGAAGCCAAAAAGACCAACAUCAUCAAUCACAUCACACAAUGGUGGCGGAGAAGCACGGUUCGGUCGCCGAAUCCGAGUACCAGAAAAAAAUGUAUGCGACGCUCUCUUCGAACGGAAAUCCGAGUAGCUCGAACAACCGGAAUCGUCGUAGCGGCCUUCAUUGUCUGCUGGAUCCCAUUUACAACAAUAUAUGUACUCCAAGCCUAUGCAGUAUGUACAGUUGCCGCCGGGUGCAUUCCAGCUUCACUUUUCACGACAGCUUUUUGGCUGGGCUACUCCAAUUCAGCAGUCAAUCCAAUUCUCUACGCAGCGUUCUCUCGAGACUUUCGAAUUGCUCUCAAGAGAUUAUUCUUUCAGAAGCCAAAAUUUUGAUUAUUUUCAUUUCUAGCAGUUCAGUAAUAAUUGUUCAAAAGUAUUGUUGGAUGCUUUUUGGAAAAAAAUCCAAUUUUUCUGAAAUUCAAUUGUAUGUAUUUCCCUCAUUUUUAAUGUUUUUUUUUCAAUGUUUUGCUUGUUUUCCUCCCUUCUCCAUAUAUGUUGCCAAAAUGCCACAAUGCCAAAAUUGUUCUCCACUCGGGUUUCUCCAUUAUCACGAGUUGUACAAGUUCUUUCAAAUCUCAAACAAUGCACUUUAUAUUAAUGAAAAUUGAAUAAUAAUAAAUAGUAAAAU